GACAUUGAUAUUUGACAUAAAAUUUGGCGGGAACAAAAACUAAACCGGCCGAGGGCAAAAAUUAACAAAAAAAUGUCGAUCCAAGUGGAAAAUAACUUAAAAAACGCCGAGAACAAAGAGAUUUUUGAACAAAAAGCCCAUUACAUACCGUGUAAGAUUGAAGACGACGGUCCUGCUAACGUUGACAAAUAUUUUGAACCGUACGUUACCGACAACAAUGGUGAAUUAUCUGGCUCUUUUCGUGGCUAUCCCCUUGAUGGUACAAAAAUGAGUUUUCCUGAAGGAUACAGAGCUGUUGUAGUCACAGAAGCUAAAAGACCACUUGUUGAAGACGCAGAGAGGAAAUUCCAGGUGGCGGGUGGUUUCAAAGAGUUCACCUACUGGAAUUGGGACAAGAAACCAUCAAAGAAUGACAAUAUGGUCAAAGCCUUAGACUGGAUAGAUAUUAGUGAAGCGAUACAUGGAGACUGACUACAAUCAAAAUCAUCAUCUGCCUAUCCUUUAUCCAACUAUGUUGGGGUCGGCUUCCAGUCUAACUGGAUGCAGCUAAGGCAUCGUUCAGACCAAACGUAUUGUCGGCCGCUGACUGUGAGCGCGCGUUACGCAGUUUAUUGCUUUUCCAUAUAUAUUGAAAUUGUCGUUCACACCGAACCGACUAUACGCUGUUACGUCGUCUGUUGUAGCUGACUCUCAGUGGCCGUUUAUUUUACUACGCG